UCGUUGUGAGGCGGGUGAACCAACAGCGGAGAAUAAGAAACGGAGCGCCCGUGCGGGUCUGAGUAGUUGAGAACAGCAUGGUUCUGGAAAGAAGAUGGGCUCUACUCGGGUGACUGCAAAAGAGCUAUGUGAGAAUGACGACCUUGCCACGACACUAAUUCUUGACUCCUACCUUGGCUUUAAGACACAUAAAAUGAAUGUAAGCCCACUCCCAGCUAUCAGAAGAAAGCACCAUUUACGGGAGGCGGUGGAGGCUUUCCGGAAGCGCAAGGACCUAGAAGCCGCGUAUCAAGCCUUGAUGCAGGGUGGCUGGGCCUGCCAGUAUUUUGCAAACCGGAGCCAUCAGCAAGAAGCCGCCUUCAAGACUCAUAUUUUUCGGUAUCUUCGCAUUUUCCUUCCUGAGAGUGGUUUUGCCAUCAGACGCUGUAGUCGAUAUUCCUUAGAAAUAAAUGGAGCCCGGGUGGUAUCUACAAAAUCAUGGAGAAAGAAUGAUAAACUGGAGCUUUUAGAGGGCUACAUUGCAGAACUGACAGAACCAGAUGAGAGCUUCCUCCGAGCAGGUGAAAAUGACUUCAGCAUCAUGUACUCCACCCGGAAACAGUGUGCCCAGCUCUGGCUAGGGCCUGCCGCCUUCAUUAAUCAUGACUGCAGACCAAACUGUAAGUUUGUCCCAAUGGAUAGAAACACUGCCUGUGUCAAGGUGCUGCGGGACAUUGAGCCAGAUGAUGAGAUCACAUGCUUCUAUGGUGACGGCUUCUUUGGGGAGAACAAUGAAUUAUGCGAAUGCUACACUUGUGAAAGAAAGGGGGAAGGAGCUUUUCGCCUCCUGAAUCAGACACCGUUGCUAUCUACCUCAGUCAAUGAAAAAUACCUGCUGAGAGAGACAGAUGGUCGUCUGCAGAGGUGGAAAAACCAGUCUCGCAAGCUUGCUCAACGUAGUGUGAAAGUGGGACACAAAGCCCGGCGCAGGAAGUCACAAUUACAUGGUGCUGUACACAGAUAUACCACGCGCUGGUAUCCCAGGAUGCUAAAGCCUUUAUACAUCCCACUGCACAACUGCUUGGCCUGCAGAGCACGUAGAUGCAAGCUCCGUAAGCAGCCCCUGGUGUGUCUGCUUCGUUGUCCUCCUCCUGUGCUGCCUGUAUUGCACCUGAGGCAAUCUUUGAGAAACAAGAAUUGCUACUCCAAGGCCCAGCAGCACUGCUCCCUCAUAAAAGUGCACAGUUGCCCUGGAAGCCUGGGCUUGGCAGGCCAGUGCAGCUUGGUAGUGAAUCUUGGGAAAAGAAUUCCCUUGGACUGGGCGCGGUUUCAUAGAGAAGUAGUGUGUGACGUUAAGGAGAGAAAACCUCCUAUCACCAAUGGGGAGUUUAGCCAAGGAACUGAGGAAUAUGAUUCAAGAGAUAUGGAGAGUCAUGCUGAUGUCAUAGAAACCCGUGAAUCAGGAUCUGGGGUUCUCCACUCAGGACAGCAAGUCCCCCUUGAUUCUUCAGGUCCUCUUCCAUCCCGUCAGUUCUUGUGCAGAACAAGGAGCAUGGCCCAGCGCCAAGCUCAGGUUUUGCCCAGAUCCCAGCUGUCAUUAGCAACAGUAGACCCCAAGCUUUCCCAGUAUGCUCAUGUCCGCCUUGAAGGCCCACUUUUUGGAGGCAGGCAGUGCUGGCAGCACUCUUCUUCAGACAAGAUGGAGAAGGAGCAAGCAGAAGAGCAACAUCUUCCUAAGCGAAUGGUUUCCUUCCCCCCUUUUGUGCCACCCAAACGGCUUCGACUGGUAGUGAGCCAUGGCUCCAUAAACCUUGAGGUGGCUGCAAGCUCCUGUGAGGAACUGUCCUGAUCUGGCUGAUCUCCUGUGACUGAAAACAGACUUUAGCUUCUGACUGAAUUUACCCUUGAUAACCAGGGCAAAACCCAUCUACCAGAAUUUGUCUGAAAUUAUCCAACUUUUUGUCUUUGUUGAGCCCUUCUCCCAAUCACCUUGUAUGGGUUGAUAACAUCUCUUCUAAAGUAAUGUCCCCAGUGGGCACAAGGUAUUCUCUGCUAGAAACACUGCAUUUUGUUCUAUUCCUUCUUUUUCCUGUUGAAGAUGAUAUUUCAGUUAUCUUUCCAGGGUACUUCCUUCAUCAUAUCCUCACUGUUCCUUUAAAAAAUUGCUCUCCACUACUUUGCCAAACCUUACUGUAUACCCUUGAAACUUAAGCCAUAUAGUAGACUGCAUGGAUGCUUGGGAUUGCCGCCUGGUCUUUUCUUUGAACUCUGCUUUCUCUGCCACAGAGUCCUUUCAUCUCUCUACUCUAGAUGUCCCCAUGCUCUGGUUUAUAGCACCAUAAUCAUAGACUUCUUGGCAGAUGGACGUGGUAUUUUGGUAUUUAUUGUCCCUACAGAGUGAGGCAGCAUUGGUGAAGUGACUUGUGGAGAAAAGAAAACCAGCAUCCAAUCAGGGAAGUCUCUUUAAAAUUUAUUGUGAGAAAACCAGCAACCAGAAGUGCACAUUGGCAUUCAGCCUGAAGGCUGCUCUUUGCUCAACAGGCUUAAAUAGGGGGUUAAAUGUUCUUGCUCCUCUUCUUUUGCCAUCUCACUGUUUGGGUGCCUAUUGUUACAAGACGUCUAAUUUUCUAGUUUUGGAAGCUACUUUUAUAUUAGUUAAUCUGUGUGACUUGUUUCUUCUCCCUGCUGGAGUUUUAAACAGAUGUCUACUGGGGCUUUUUAGAAUAUUAAUGAACUUUAGAUUUUCAGGUGUUUUAUAUUUGAUAAAGUUGAGCUGCUUGGCUCAGGGGCAUUGUGAUAAAGGGGCUUCCUUCUGUGAGAGGCUGAUGAGCAGGAUAAAAGUUCUACUCAGUUAAAUGUGGCUGAGCUCAGUUCAAAGCCACACAUGGUAAGUGGAUUUUCUGUAUAUUUUCUCAUUCAUCUUGCCAUGACAGUUCUUAGGAUUUUGAGCAGGUAUGGCACAUUCUGGUGUUAGAAAUCUGAGUGCAAGUUAUAUGGGGAGGUGGUGGCUAUUGAAUGGGUGAAAACACUGCAGUCAAGCUUUCCCUCUGAGUUCUUGCUUUGUUUUGAAAUUUUGUGGAAUCCUUUGUGGUGUUGACUCUGGAGUGAAUAUCCAAGAGUUAGGACAGCCUGAUGUUCCUUUUCCAACCCCUCCUUUUUUGUUUGUUCUGUAAUUUGGUGCAUUUGGUGUUAAGCUUUUCCAGAUGACACUGAAAGUCAUGUUAAGUUGGGAGUUAAGCUGUGCGCAUUUGAGAAUAAGUUCCAUUAAACUUAGACUUCCUUUUGAAUACCAAUGGGUAGAAUCCAGCAAAGGUUUCUUGAUCUCUGAAGUUAGGAAUUUAUAGAGCUUUUAGAGUAGCAUCUAGUUUGUCUGGCAUGCAUUUUUGCUCUGAGAUUCAUAAUGUAUUGCAAUUCUGGGUUUUUCAUUGCUCUGCAAAUAGGUGCUGAUUCAUGGGAAAUCACUGUGGUUUUGAAAGUGGUUUUUAGAUGUUAGCCUUUAAGAGGUAGGGUGAGCUGAAGCUGUUCAGCCUAUCCUGAGAAGGAAAUCAUAGGAAGAAUGACCAUAGACUGGUAAUUGUGCAUAGUCGUGUAAAAGCAUCACAUAAAAAAUAGGCAUGCAGAGAUAACAGAAACAGCAUUUUUCUAUAUAUUGAUUAGGAAGGCAUAACAAUAGCAUCUUUUUGCUAGUGAUUUGAAUAUUUUCUUACAGGUGUUCAUGUGAUUGUCCAGAAUUACCACAGUCAAUGCACAUUCUUCCUUCUACUCUCCUAGACCCUCAUAUAUAUUUAUGUAUAUAUGAAAAAGUUAGUUUAAAAAAUGUUAGUGAACUUGAUAUCACAAUGCUCACUAAAAGAACUGGGAUAUACAGUAGCUGAAAUUGCACAUCUUUUCCUGCUCUAUAAGCUUGUUUUAUAUUUGUUAAAAUUUAAAAAAGUAGGCAUUUUUUUCUUCCCCAAAAGUUCCAUAGUUUAGUAAUCAUUUAAUAUUUCAUAACAGUUAUCCCCGUGACUUCUUGUUAAUUGCACAUUGUUGUUUAGUUGCAUCACAGAAUAUGUGUGAUUCACUAUAUAUGGUACUGUUUUGGUGCCUAUAUGUGAGUGUCUAUGACAAUAGUCUUGACCUAAAUAUAAGGGAUGAUGUCUCAUUAGUUUUUGAGUUUUAAAGAGGCUUCUUCUACAAGAUGUGCAUUUUCAUCUGUGUAUCAAUGUUUGCACACAGCAUAGAUAAAUGUACUAAAAAGAAACAGGGGUUUUAGUGAUUUUUCUGACUUCAUGACUCCUAUUAAUGUGGGCGCCCAGACUUGCUUUCUUGCUUGCUACUUUCCAUUUGUGGAUGUUCCAUGUUAGAUAAUAGUUGCAGGCUAGUGGCACAGCCUUUAGGUAGUAGCUGUAAUGGGGGGAGGGGAGAGAGGAACAAAGAGGGCAAGAUGGUCAAGGGUUUUGUGUGGGGAAAGGUCAGGGGUGGGAAGGGUGGAUGUUGCUAGUCAGGAUACUGUACACUCUCUGUGAAAAGGCAGGCUGGGGCUCAGUUUUCACCUUUCUGUGCCUCUGUUUUUCCCAUCUUUCCAGGUGGGUUUAUGGUUUGUGCUACCUCGUUUGGGAAGGGAAGCAUCAAGGCACUCUUCCAGUCUCUGACUUCAGUCUUCUUUCAGUCCAGUGUCCAUUAAGUCCUGUCAUUUCUUUUCCGACUUUCAUGCUUCCAGAUUAAAAACACGCAUGCUCUCAUGAGGUGGAAUGGUAGCAGAUCCACUUAUUUUCUGUUCUAGCAUCCUGUAUGAGUAGGUUUUUAGAUCAGCCUGCUUUUUUACUUCUCCAUGUCCAGUCUCUGCUCGUUUCCCAGAUAAUACCAUGGUUUAUUACAUUACUUCUUGCAUCUGUUAUAAGUCUUUUCAAACAUGCUUUUGGCCUGGAGCCAAUGUGCCCCCAUUUCAAAAGAAAAAUUCCACCUCUCCAUAAAAGUUAUGCUCAGGAGGGUAUGCUAAGAUACCUUGAUUUUCACAUAGGUGGGAAAAAUAAGCAACCUGGACACUGGGGAAGGUCUCUGGUUGGCUGGGUUCCUCAGGGAGUGGUUGGGUAGAAGCCUGUAUAUCAUUUUCUGCCCCAGUUUUUAACCACAGUGCAUCAGUCUAACUACCUGCCUUUUACGGUGGGGUCAUUACAAACUUGCUUCAUUAGGAAACAAGUUGCUCAGCCCAUAAUAUGCACUAACUAGGAUUGUGGGAAAUUUGCUCCAUUGUACCACUCCCAUCUCUCAGCAUACUUGCAAUGCUUUAUUUUAGUAGAGGACUCUUCCAGCAGUUGACCAUCCAGAAGAGAGGAGAGGUGGAAGGGGUAACAUGGAGCAUAUUUCUGGGGUAUGUGUGUGCUCUACAUUAAAAAAAGAAGAAGUAACAUAAACCAAGCUCUGAAUCUGCAUGAAUUAUGAAAACCAGUUCUUAUGUUUUUUCUUUUGUUACAGUGGGCAAUAUGUUACAGGAAAUUUUGCCACGGGAAAAAUUGAUGAGUGCUUCCCAUCUAGCCUAGCUGGUCUGUAUAUUACAAAUCUGCCAUCCCAAUGUUAAGGGCUAGAAUUUCUUAGGUAGAAGAAAUUCAACAGGACCUGGACUCAAGCUCAAAUCUUGCAUUGGUGCAGCAUGAUUGAGUGCAUACAGCCCUGGGUGUAUAUUAGUUUGGACUAAGCAGGAGAGGGUGGGGAGGGUAGGAGAGGGUUGUCUGUCUUUUUAAUGGUGCUAUAUUUGAAGGGUUGAUGGAGGCUACUCUCAGCUCCGGGUGUGGAAAUUUGAGGCCUCAGGGUAUUUCCUGCCCCAUGAUCAGGCCGGUAUCCUGAAGUGGGGUAAAGGCAGAAAUACGUGUUUGUAUUUUUAAUGGUGUGUGUUGGGGGGGUGCAUAAUACUUUUUAAAAUACUUGAUUGAAAUAAACUCUUUUAAAACUG